AUGACUCUUCUGUGGUACGCUGCCACUACUCUCUCUGCCCUUGCUGUCAUCCACCGUCUGUUGCAGUUCCACGCUGUCCACUCUUUCUUCGUCUCCUGCGCCUCACGAACAGACACGCGCCACCAAACCACAUUCAAGAGUUUGGAGCGCCAUCUCAUUCCAGAUAAGACAGUUCCUGCCUCUGAAGCACCAGGAUCCAUCAUCUUUGAGUUUGAAAAAGAUGGCGAUGGCCUCGUCGUUCAAGUCCCCGUCAGAAGCUGGUGGCGCACGGUGACAGCUCGCCACCGUACGCAGGCCAUGUGCAGAGAAGUCGACUUAAUCAGCGGCGAUUGGGCUAUCCGUGGAUUCUAUGCAAGCACACCUGUGAGGGGUCCACCAGAAAAGCCAAAUCUCUGGUACGACAUUCAAGUCAUGUAUGGCCCAGCAGCGAGACUCUGUCAACUCCGCCGUUCAGGCUCAGAGAGAGCAUGGCAGCUGGACCACAUGAUUCUAAGUGUAGUUCAAGAUGCGGCAGUGUAUUUCAAAUUAUGUUCUACACCGGUCUGGCUCCGUCUUGUUUACGCUGCCGCCAAUGUCAUUUCUCCACUUGCUGCCGACGCGCUCACCCAUCGCCUUCUGUGGAUUCAGAUCCGCACCAUGUUCUUUUGCCACGAUACGUGGGAGUAUCGUGGACGAUGUAGCAUCUUCCGGAUCAUCUGGCCAUUCUUCAAUGAGCCAGAAUGGGUACGCAGGUUUGAAUUGUGGAGCGAAGAGUACAUGUCGACGCAGUUUCUGCGUUUCAAUUAUUGGCUUGGUUAUGUAUUUCUGGGAAUGAAACCCGAGUAUCCUGGAUACAAGAUGAAUACAUCUAGAAAAUGA